AUGCUGAUUGAUUAAACAUCUAUUAUUCAUUGCUACGAAAAAAUAUAAAAAAAGGCAAUUAAUGGUUGUGUCACUGUGUUUAUAUUUGUAGCAUUCGAUGCUGAUUCGCUAUGCUCUUUAAAAAUAUUAACAGGAUUACUUAAGAGUGAUAAUAUAGCAUACAAAGUUUUACCUGUAACUGGGUUUAGUUAACUAGAAGCUUCUAUUGAUGAGUGUUAAACUAGUGAAAGCAUAUAAAGCAUGAUAUUUAUAAAUUGUGGAGGUGUUUUGGAUCUUACAUAAAAAUGGUUUGUUACAGAGAAAACCAAAAUUAAAGCAUACAUUUUUGAUAAUCAUAGACCUAUUCAUCAUCAUAAUAUAGCAGACAAGAAUAAUAUUGUUAUAAUUGAUGAUGGGACAUAAAACCAAUAAAAUUGUCCAGAAAGAGAAGAUGAAAUAUUACAAAUGACAGCUUAGCACGAAGAAGAUGAAGAUAUUUCAGAUAAUGAUAAUGAAGAUUAAGAUUAUAGUGAAGAAGAUGAUGAUGAUUUAUAAGAAUACGAGGAUGAAGAUGAAGGGUUUGAUGAAAAUGGCGAGAAUAAAUUAAAGAACAAAUUAGAUAAAAAAAGAAAAGAUUUAGCGUAUGAGGAUGAAGAAGAGGAAGAAUUUGGAAAAAAAGAUAGAAGAGAGAAAAAUAGAAGAAAGAGAAGAAGUGAUAAAAAGCUAAAAGAAAAGAAAAUGGAAAAAAAACUUAAAAUAGAAUAGCAUAAAUAAAAAAUGGAGAAUUACUAUGAAGGUUUUUAUUAUGGAAAAGCAACUAGUAUGCUCAUGUAUAAAAUAUGCUAAUAGGCUAAUAAAGAAAACAACAAUUAUUUAUGGUACACAAUCUUGGGUGCAACUGAUCUUUUAAUUCAUGGAAAAAUAACAUAAUAACAAUAUGAUCAAAUGUAUGAAGAGCUUGUAAUUGAAGUAGAGAAAGUUAAUAUUUAAAAAUAAGAAUUUAGCUAAGAUUUGAACGAGUCCAUCGCCAAUGAAUAAAGAUAGAAAAAUAUUGGCUUUAUAGAAGCAUCAAAUGAAUAUAGAUUUAUUUGUUUAAGAAAUUGGAAUUUAUAUGAGAGUAUAUAUUAUUCUAAUUACUUUGCAACUAAACUUGAAAUUUGGAAUGAAAAUGGAGAUUAAAAAAUAACUAGAUUAAUAGCAUUGCUCGGAAUACCUUUAGAAGAAGCUAAGUAGUAAUAUAAAUUUAUGAAAGCUUAAUUCAAGGAAAAGUUAAAGGAUAAUAUUCACAGCGUUGCAACUAAAUAUAAAUUGUAUAAUGUGCUAUUUAACUCCUUUGUUAGAUAGAUAGAUGAAAAGACUUAAGUCUCUUCAACGGAUAUGGUUUACUGUUUAACUGCUAUUUUAGAAUGUCCUAAAUAAAUUUUGCAAAAUAUAUUCGAAGACCCUUUAAAAGUUGGUUAAAGCAUUUAAACAGAUAAGACUUCAGAUAACAGCGAGGAAGGAUCUAAAAAUUAUAAUGAAAAAGAUAUCUUUGAUAGAAUUAAGAAUUUUUGGUGGGCAUAUGAGACUAUAUCUUCAAAAGAAGCUGUAUUAAUAUUAAAGGGAAUUGAUAUCGCAAUUCAAUUUUAAAAAGCUAUGGUAAAUGAAGCAAAAUUUGUGAUAGAUAGAGAUUUAAUAACUCAGUGCAGUGAUUUUAGAUUUUUAAAGCUAAAUAACGAUACAUACUCUUAAAAUUAAUACUUUUAGCAUCCUUAUUCUUUAUAAAAGCUUGCUCUAUUUUUGAUGGGUAUAUUUAAGGAGAAACAAAAAAGCAACCAACCAAUAAAGCCUAUUGUUUUAAGUAUAAAAAAUUCUAUUACAUAGACUCAGACCAUUAUAGGUGUUGUUGGAAACCAUUACUCUGCUAGCACUAAAAAUGAUUUUGCCUUUAAAUUCUAGUCUGCUGCAAAAGCCUUAAAUCUUCAAUAUAAAUAGGACGAUUUUGAAACAUCAAUUAUUGAAAUCAAAGAUUAAGAUUUUGACGUUUUUCUUGAUGAAAUUACAUUAGCCAAAUGA